AACAUCUGUGUAGUGUGAACGGGUGACAUAGCAGAUGGGCUUCGAGCCUUCAAACACGAUCCUUGCUCUCUAUUCACUCAGUCCGAGUUGUUUGAUGCACGGAGGAACAGAAAUCCAAGGAAGAAGAAAGAAAGGGUUUCUGUGAAUUUAUCCGGUUGAAUGACAAUUUCAACUGUAUUAACGGAACAAAUAACCGCUGCUGCAUAGAAGAACAAGCAGAACUCAAAAUUAUAAAAUCUUUUAAUCCGAGAAAGCGAGGGCUGCUUGCUUAUGCAAAUGACGGAUCCGAGUCUUGAGUUGCAGGAGGCCGGCUGGGAGGAAUUGAGAAAAGAGGCCAGAAAGAUUGAGGGCGAUCUUGACGUCAAGCUCUCUUCCUACGCCAAGCUCGGUGCAAGGUUUACCCAGGGAGAUACAGGAUCACCUACUCUUGGGUCCAGCAGAUCAUGGAAGUCUAUGGAAAUGGAGAUUCAGUCUUUGCUUGAAAAGCUACUAGAUACAAAUGAUGCCAUGAGCCGUUGUGCUGCAUCUGCAGCACCUACUACUUCGGUAACACAGAAGCUAGCAAGGCACAGGGAUAUACUUCAUGAGUUUUCUCAGGAAUUUAGACGAAUCAAAGGAAAUAUAAACUCCAUGAGGGAGCAUGCUGAACUUCUAAGUUCUGUGAGGGAUGAUAUUAGUGAACACAAGGUAUCUGGGAGUAUGUCACCUAGAAUGCAUUUAUUACGAGAGAGAGCUGCUAUACAUGGAAAUAUUGCUCAUAUUGAUGAAGUGAUAAAUCAAGCUCAAGCUACGAGGUCAGUUUUGAGCUCCCAACGAACCUUAUUUGGAGAUGUUCAAGGGAAAGUCAAGCAACUAAGUGACAAGUUUCCUAUCAUCCGUGGCCUUCUUGGUGCCAUCAAGAAGAAGCGAUCAAGAGACACUCUUAUUCUCUCAGCUGUCAUCGCCGCUUGCACGUUAUUCCUGAUUAUCUAUUGGCUUUCAAAAUAAAAGGAAUAUUCAGAUGCCAAAACGGAGAAUGGAGGUCAUAAUGCUGUUUCAGAAAUUUUUGCUUCACAUUUUGUUUAAAACAAAUACAAAUAGAUACAAGCUCGUUGUUGUUCGAUUGUCUCUUGACAGUUAUCCAUAAACUGAAUUGAUCGACAAGGAUGAUUCUUUUGA